AACGCGCUACUACCGGCGAACCAUUCAUACAUUCAGUUCAACGUUAUCCUGCCCGAGAUGACCACCUACGGAAAGUUGUUUGCAGUAUUAACUACCAUUGUUCUGAUUUCCGCGAGGAUCGGAUGUGCCUCCAAUCUAACAGUAAAUACUACUCAACUUGAAAAGUUCGAAGGAAGAUUGCAGACCGCCAACUCCUACUGGUACAACGAUGUAUACUACUGGUGGCCAUGGUUCUCCGAUCUGGCCACGGUGAUCAUGAUCAAACUCAAAAUCGCCAUCGGAUUGGCAGCUAUCUACGCGUUCGGUGACGGUUACUAUUGGUCCAAGGGGAAAGAAACUGUCGCGCAAAAGAUACCACAUUUCAUCGAAGAGAAAUACAACUGGGGCUGCAGCGAUCCAAAGCCAUGGUACAAAUUUUGGGGCCGUCGUAAACGGGACCUAAGCGGAACUGAUGAACACAUAGAACACGAUCAGAGCUACGCUGAGUUUGUGUUUGAUUUGCUGGACGUGGAGAAUGUAGACUGUCGGCGGUUGGCCGUUUGCGAGAUGGAAUUUGACGCAGCGUCUGGAGUAACGUUGAACAGUGAGUUGAAGUUCAAACACGACCUGUUCAGGAAAUAUCGAGGAACCGUUCCGAAGCGGAAGAGCGAUUGUCGCAGGAUUUAUAAGAAUUGCGCGACGCAGUUCUAUGCAGAGGAAAGUGAUGCAGUAGCAGACGACAUACCGAAAGAUCCUAAACGAUAAUAAGGAUUUGUCGUUAUGAAUUGACUUAACGUUGUAAAUAUUUAUAAUAAAUAAAUUUAUGUGUCUAAUUUUAACAUCCAUUAUUUUGC